AUGGAUUUGCUAGCUACCGUCAGAAAGGAGGGGUCACGAGGUGGCCGUGGGGAGUUCAAGUGGUCCGACGUCGAAACCUCUUCUCACCGUGAAAAUUAUCUCGGCCACUCCUUGAUGGCCCCUGUCGGUCGCUGGCAGAAAGGCCGUGAUCUCUCCUGGUACGCGAAGGGGGACGACAACUCACAGGGCGAUGAAGAUGCUGCGGCAAAAGCAGCGAGAGAACGGCGAGAGGAGAUCCAGCGCGUCAAACAGGCUGAAGAGGAUGCUCUCGCCCGCGCUCUGGGGUUGCCCGUGCCUCAACGGAACAACCCAAAUAUGGACGAGCUAGGGACUCGACGCGAGGUGGACAACGUUCUGAGAGAGGCUGGAGCGGGCGAAGAUAUAGCGCCUUCCAGGGGUGUUGGGAUAAGGAGCUUCACUAUGCGCUCAAAGAAUACAGACGCCGUCACGGCGACCGACGACACCGAAGCCGGAGCCGGAGUAGCCAUAGACACAGAGACGGUCACCACAGAAGCCGUCGGGACGACCACCACCGACACCGAGAGCACCGUUCGCGGUCGCCACGACGUAACAGAUCUGAGCGUGUGA